AUGGACAGACAGCAAGUCCCAUCUCGGUCAAACACCCCGCCUCCGCAAGCGAAACUGCAUAUCGCUAAUCAGCUGACCACCGCAAGCGCCAUCCUUUGGGAUCCCAAGUACACCAGCCGUCCGCAGCCAGGCAAGCUCAGGCCUACGCACGCCGGCACCCUUUCCGUUGCCAACCGUACCGACUCGUCCAUCUCAGUGAAAAACUUAGGAGGCGGUCGAACCGUGCCCAUCAUGGAUAACAGGAGGCAUCCAAGCUCCUUCCAGCAGCUGGAGAAGCUGGGAGAGGGUACAUACGCCACAGUUUUCAAAGGCCGCAACCGGCAGACCGGCGAGCUCGUUGCUCUGAAAGAGAUCCACCUUGACUCAGAGGAGGGCACCCCUUCUACCGCCAUUCGCGAGAUUUCGUUGAUGAAAGAGCUCAAGCACGAGAACAUUGUCCUUCUCCAUGAUGUUAUCCAUACCGAGAACAAACUCAUGCUGGUGUUCGAGUUCAUGGACAGAGACCUGAAGCGAUACAUGGAUUCACGCGGGGAUAGAGGUGCUUUGGACCCGCCAACCAUCAAGUCCUUCAUGUAUCAGCUUCUCCGGGGAAUCGCCUUCUGCCACGAUAACCGCGUGCUCCACCGCGACCUCAAGCCUCAGAACCUUCUCAUCAACACCCGCGGUCAACUCAAGCUAGCCGACUUUGGGCUUGCCCGAGCCUUUGGCAUUCCUGUCAAUACCUUCUCAAACGAAGUCGUCACGCUAUGGUACCGUGCUCCGGAUGUCCUGUUGGGAAGCAGGACGUACAGCACCAGCAUCGACAUCUGGUCCGCAGGCUGCAUCAUGGCUGAGAUGUACACUGGCCGACCACUCUUCCCUGGGACCACAAACGAGGAUCAGUUGCAGAAGAUCUUCCGCUUGAUGGGCACGCCAUCGGAACGGUCAUGGCCGGGAAUCUCGCAAUUCCCCGAGUACAAGGGCAACUUCCAUGUCUUCGCAACCCAGGACCUCCGCCUCAUCCUGCCCCAAAUCGAUCAGCUCGGAAUAAACCUUCUCGGCCAGAUGCUCCAACUGCGGCCAGAAAUGAGGAUAUCCGCACAGCAGGCACUACUACAUCCGUGGUUCAACGAUCUGCCCCAGCGGCAGCAGCAGCAUGCUCAGACUAUGGCAACGGCACAAGUUCAUGCACAGCAAGCACAGAUGGCCAGUGGCUAUCCGCUUCAAGCAGGUGCUUACUGAGCUGAAGCCCUUCGCCAAUAGUCUGCCAUUCUCAGAGUGCUGAUACGAUGUCGUAGCUUCCGCUCCCUUUAGGGCUCCCUUUCCGCCCAUACCCCCCUACAACCCAUACAACCUUUACCUACCUCCUCCAAUGCUCUACGUAGUAGCACCUUCACCGCCCCUUGGUCUAUAUCAGCCGCAAUAUAAUUCGCAGCCUUUUCCAUCGACGGAUCCUAGUCAAUCAUCUUCUGUAUGCCCUGUGGAGGAGCCCCAAGGCAGCGGAGUCAACACUCAACUUGCAUGUCCUACGACUUCGACUGAACUUUGCAUUGUUAAUUCCG